CAUCCAGCCACUUGAUACCCUUGGCCGCAACAUCUUGCUCUGACUCAGGACUUCCAUCAGCUCCGCCUAUCUUUACACCUCUAAAACUCCAGCCCAGUGUUCAUUCAUUCUCGAACUGACUUCAUGCUCGCUGAAUCUGGUCGCUACCGACUCCAGAACAAGCGGGGUUCCUUCACCGUCUUUUAGCGCCCAGUCUGAAUUCCACAGGACAAUCGAUGGCCAGAGCUCUCUGAUACGAGUUGUCAUUUCCUGCUUCACAACUAUAUGAAGAGCCAAGCAGAAGGAUAUAGAGCAGUAGCGUGAUACCAUGACCGGUAUCCAGGAUAACGACGAGCUCUUGUUGGCUCGAAUUGGUUAUCAACAGGAAUUACGACGCGAGUUCUCGAAAUGGUCCACCAUCUCCUACGCUAUCUCCAUCCUAGGAAUCCUCGGCUCUGUGCCAGCGACCUUUGGUGCACCCCUGGCCGCAGGGGGACCGGCCACAGCUGUAUGGUGCUGGCUUGUGGGAUCUUGCAUGGCUCUAUGCAUCGGCAGCUCUGUAGCGGAGCUUGUGUCGGCGUACCCCACAGCUGGAGGCAUGUACUUCGUCACCAAGCACGUGGUGCCGGAAGAAUACGUGCCCAUCUUCUCCUGGGUCCAAGGUUGGUGUAACCUCCUGGGACAAACAGCGGGAGUUGCUAGUGUGGUCUAUACCGUUAGUCAGAUGCUGCUCGCUUGCGCCAGCAUGAACUCGGCAUUGAUCGAUGGCAAAUACUCCUACUCGCCAUCUGCUUCCGAUACCGUGCUCCUGUCUGUUAUCCUCCUUUGUAUACUAGGGAUUGUCUGCUCGAUGACCACCAAAGCAUUGCACCGUAUCAUCGCCUGGUUUGCUCCGAUCAAUAUCACCGCAACCGUCUGUAUCUGCCUCGCGUUAUUAUGGUUCACGCCCAACAAACAACCCGCCAGCUGGGUAUUCACCCAUUUCACCGACGGAUCCGGCUGGGGGUCCAAAGUCUUCUCUUUCCUGUUAGGCUUCAUCUCCGUUGCAUGGACGAUGACCGACUACGACGGGACGACGCACAUGUCCGAAGAGACCCACGAUGCAGCUACUCUCGGGCCGAUCGCCAUCCAAACGGCCGUGCUCGUCUCCGGCGCGCUCGGCUGGCUGCUGACGAUCUGCCUCUGCUUCUGCCUCACCGACUACGAGGGCAUCCUCAACACACCCACCGGCCUGCCCGCAGCACAAAUCUUCUUGAACGCCGGCGGGCCCAUCGGCGGCUCGAUCAUGUGGGGCUUCGCUAUCCUCGUGCAGCUGUUCACCGGUUGCUCAGCCAUGCUGGCGGAUACCCGAAUGGCGUAUGCAUUCGCCCGCGACGAAGCCCUCCCCUUCUCAUCCUUCCUCUCCCGCAUCAACACCACCACCCAAACCCCGCUCAACGCCGUCUGGUUCGUCGUCCUCUUCAGCAUAAGCCUAACCUGUAUCGCAAUCGGCUCCACGCAAACCGCAACCGCAAUAUUCAGCAUCACCGCGCCAGCCCUCGACCUAUCGUACGUAUCGGUGAUCCUAGCGCACCAACUCUACCGCCACCGGCUGGAAUUCGUCCAAGGGCCCUUCACGCUGGGGAGAUGGGGCGCGUACGUGAACUGGGUGUCCAUACUGUGGGUGACGUUCAUCAGCGCGGUGCUGUUCUUCCCGCCGAAAGUGCCGGUCACGAUUGAGAAUAUGAACUACGGGAUCUUCGUGGGGAUGUUCAUCGCGGCUUUCGCAUUGGUUUGGUGGUGGGGUGCAGCUAGGGGACGAUACAAAGGACCUCGAAUCAACGAGCACUUUAAGCCUGUUCCCUCUACCGACGCGAGCUUAUUUGGAGGUGAAUACGGGACGUUCGACGCUGAGGCGGCGGAGUGA